ACAGUGCCCGAUCGUGCACUCCUGUGGACCCCACUCAUCUCUUUGUAUUCAGCAAAAUUACCUGUCCCUCUCCUUUUUCUCUCUCUAGCUGUAAUUGUAUCUACACAACCCUUUGUUCGGAAAACAUGCCAUUCUUUUUUAUUCUUUUCUGAAGAUUUUUCAUCUUCUUUCAAAAAGGGUAUUUGUAGUAGAAUCCUAAAAAGGAAGAAAAUGAACUUUAACUCCCUUUUUGAUUUUUCACACCUUUGAAGCUCAAUAAAAAGGGGGAAUCAAUUUUUAACCCACUGUUGAAUGUCCCUUUCUCAGGCUUUGGAGAGCUGGGUUUGGGGAAAAGGCUACGUUUUUCUUUGUUGUGGGGCAAAUCAGAAGGAGUUGAAUAAGUGUAGGAUUGUUGAUUUUUUAGCUGUGAUGGUGAUUAAAAUCUACUAACAUCUUUACUUUGGUAUCUGACUUAAAGGGUGUUUGUGUUCAGAGUUGUGUAGUAGCAACCCAUUGGUUGAGUUGCUCUGACUUUGCUUGCAGUUUUGGUCGUUUUCGUGAAGUGGAUUGAUGAAACUUUUAGGGUGUUUAAAAGUAUAGAUUGAAAGCUUCAGGCUGUGAGGAUAGAUAGCUUAGGGAAGUUGGUGGUUUUGAAUCUGAACGAUGGAGAAUAAUGAUAAGGGGGAUUGGAGGGAGAUGGUUAGGAAGAUGCUUCCUCCCGGGGCUCCUAUCCCUGAAGACGAGGCUAAUCUUGACUAUUCUAUAGCUAUGGAAUAUGAGGGUCCUCCUGUUCCAUAUGAGCUUCCUAGAGUAGAACCCCUUGGUAAGAAUUCAGGUGAAAUUCCAACUGCAUCUGUUGCAGAAUCAUUUUCAGAGUCUAGAAGAUCAGUGAGUCGUGAUGUUCCUCCAGUGAUAGAACCUAUCCCUUUGCCAGUAUCUCUUAUUGCAAGUGUCACGAGUCCCCCUGAUCAGAGUCCAAGGCUAUCAGGGAGUUCAGAAUCAGUGGUGUCUGUGUUGCAUAAUCCUGAUUCUUCUUCUGCAUCUGCUUCAGCAUCGCCAGGGUCUAUGCAUAAUCCUCCGGAUAAUGCUCCUAAGAAUGUAGCUAAUGAAGGAAGGAGAGCCCCUGUGGUUACAUUUAAUACCAUUGAUAGAUCUGAAAGGAGAGUGGUAGAAUCAGAAAAGCAAGUCUUCCCAGAGUAUGAUGGUGUCUCUACAGAAAAGAAAAAAAGGAAGAAGAGUAGAGUCUGUUAUAGGUGUGGAAAAGGAAAGUGGGAAACCAAGGAAUCCUGUCUUGUAUGCAAUGCAAAGUAUUGCAGCAAUUGUGUGCUCAGAGCAAUGGGAUCCAUGCCAGAGGGGCGGAAGUGUGUUACCUGCAUUGGGGAGCCAAUUGAUGAGUCAAAACGGAGCAAACUGGGAAAACACUCGAGGGUGUUGUCACGUUUGCUUAGUCCUUUGGAGGUCAAACAUAUAAUGAGAGCCGAGAAAGAAUGUGCUGCUAAUCAACUCCGCCCAGAGCAGCUGAUUGUUAAUGGAUUUCCUCUGAAACCAGAAGAGAUGGCUGAACUGUUUGGUUGCCCUUUGCCCCCUCGAAAAUUGAAACCUGGUAGGUAUUGGUAUGACAAGGAAUCUGGUAUGUGGGGAAAGGAGGGAGAAAAACCAGACAGAGUCAUAAGCUCGAACCUCAAUUUCACGGGAAAACUCAGCCCUCAUGCAAGCAAUGGGAACACUGAAGUUUACAUCAAUGGCAGAGAAAUUACAAAGCGUGAACUGAAAGUGUUGAAGCUUGCAAAUGUGCAAUGUCCUCGUGAUACCCACUUCUGGGUCUAUGAUGAUGGUCGUUAUGAGGAAGAAGGUCAAAAUAAUAUCCGAGGCAAUAUCUGGGAAAAGGCAUCAACACGGUUUGUCUGCUCUUUGUUCUCCUUGCCUGUACCCCAAGGUCAGCCUUAUCCACAGAGGGAUGAACCUAGUAAUUAUACUACUGUUCCAAAUUAUCUGGAACAGAAAAGAACUCAGAAGCUGCUACUUAUCGGACUUCAAGGCUCUGGAACUAGCACCAUUUUCAAACAGGCUAAAUUUAUGUAUGGGAACAAGUUUACUGCUGAAGAACUGCUGGAUAUUAAGCUCAUGAUCCAGAGCAACAUGUACAAAUAUCUUAGCAUUUUACUUGAUGGACGAGAGCGUUUUGAGGAGGAGGCCUUGUCAAGGACAAAAGAACUAACUUUGAAUGAACAGACCACUGAAACAGGUGAUGACAUUGACUCCAGUGACAGUAAUCAAUGUGUGUACUCCCUGAACCCAAGGCUGAAGCACUUUUCUGACUGGCUCCUAGAUAUAAUUGCAACUGGAGAUUUGGAUGCAUUUUUCCCUGCAGCAACACGUGAAUAUGCUCCAUUGGUUGAGGAGGUGUGGCGAGAUCCUUCCAUACAGGAGUCAUACAGAAGGAAAGAUGAACUUCACUUCCUUCCAGAUGUGGCAGAGUACUUCUUAAGCAGGGCUGUUGAAGUAUCUAGCAAUGAAUAUGAACCCACAGAGCGAGACAUCCUCUAUGCAGAAGGUGUCACCCAAGGCAAUGGCCUUGCUUUUAUGGAGUUCUCCCUGGAUGAGCGUAGCCCAAUGUCAGAAACCUAUACAGACAAUCUGGAUGCUCCACCCCCUCCUCUUACAAGAUACCAGCUUAUUAGAGUAAAUGCCAAAGGAAUGAAUGAAGGAUGCAAAUGGGUGGAGAUGUUUGAAGAUGUUCGUGUAGUUGUUUUCUGUGCUGCUCUUAGUGAUUACGAUCAAAUUUCAGUGGCUCCGGAGCAAGGUGGUAGCGGAGUGCUCCUCCAAAACAAGAUGAUGCAAAGUAAAGAACUCUUUGAAACAAUGAUCAGGCACCCUUGUUUCAAAGACACUCCUUUUGUGUUGAUUUUAAACAAGUAUGACCUUUUCGAGGAAAAGGUCAACAGGGCGCCUCUGAGUACCUGUGAGUGGUUUACCGACUUUAGUCCGGUGCGACCCCACCACAACAACCAAUCACUGGCGCAUCAAGCUUACUACUAUGUUGCUAUGAAGUUCAAAGAUCUUUAUGCAUCCCUUACAGCUCGAAAGCUAUUUGUGUGGCAAGCUAGGGCAAGAGACCGGGUGACAAUUGAUGAGGCCUUCAAGUAUAUAAGGGAGGUUGUCAAGUGGGACGAGGACAGGGAAGAAAAUUUCUAUGGCGCGGAAGGGGAUUCAUUUUACAGUACGACAGAUGUGAGCUCCUCACCCUUUGUCAGACAAGAAUGAAAUAAUAAACUAAUCUUAGAUAUGAUUGGGAUUGUGGAUAGGGAGAAGAGAGAGGAGAUGAUUAUCGAAUAAACCCUGUUUUUGGAAGUUUUUCGCCAUCAAAGCUCAAUCCGUUAUGGUGCUGUUUGAGCAUUUGAGCUGGAAGUCAUCCGAUUUGACCAUCCCAACUGUAUAUUAAGGCUGUAAGUUUUCACAGGUGGACAAGAACGAUGAAAGUUUUAUGUUGAAUUUGAUCCCAACUUCAUGUACUUUUGUGUAACCACUUCUGCCAUGUUACAAAUGAGCAGGGUGUCUUCUAUCUUAUUGCACUUGAUGCUGUUGUAAUACAUGUAGGAGAUUGCUUGUAUCUUUGCUUCAGAGGCACUUUUCCAGGUCCAUACAACUAAUAUUUUUCAGUGUGUUCAACUCACAGAUGCCUGUAUCUGGUAACGGAUUUGUCAUCCAUGAUGCUUCAUUACUCAUGAGGUGGCUCAUGUUGUUAUUGAGAGCUGGUUCAUUGGAAGUGUCAACAUAAAACAUGGUGUUUAUAGUUAAAGUGUGUAAAAUUUUGGAGAUUAGCUUGUCUAUAA